AUGUCAAACACUCAAUCAAACGAUUCAUUAAGGGAAUUAAAUGCCAAGCUCUUAGCUGAGAUUGGCGAACUUAGGAAGAAGUUUGCUGAGAUUAAGGUCAAAAAUGAUGAGCUUAAGGAUAAGAAUAUCAAGAUACCUGAACUUAGAAGGAAAGAACAAGAGGCAUAUGCUGAGAAUGCCAAGCUCAAGAUCAGGAUCGAGGAGUUGGAGAAAAACAAGACAGAUUCUUCAGCUAAGAAUGUUAGGUGUAAUGUUGAGAUUACUGAGAUUAAGGCUGAAAUAGUGAAACUAAGGAAUAAUAACAAAGAAAACAAAGAGCUAACCUUCCUUCAAUCAGAUAAUAUUUCUAAGGAAAUGGUUUCAUGA